UCGACCUAUAAUGUCACACGCUUAUCUGUUAAGUCAUCCAAACAUUGAACAUUACCUACUAUGUACUAUUAAACUUCAGUCUCGAUCAUCACUUGGUAGCGACGAUUACAACUAUAUUAGUUGUAAAGUAAUUUUCCACGUUUUGAGGUCACAUAAAGAAACAAAGUGUUUAUGUGAAAAUAUUCUUCUAAUUGCCGUGAAUAUGACAGAGCGGGAGAUAGUUCUAACUGCACUUUCAGCGUUGAUAUUUGGCUAUUGGCUGAGCACACGACUAGAGUCAUCUUCACAAAACACAGUGAAUAACCUGGUGGUUCAGCUGCCAGAGGGAAAAAUUCAAGGCCACAUAUCGGUGACAAAAGGUGGGCGUGAGUUUUUCGCCUUUCAAGAAGUGCCGUACGCAGCGCCACCAGUCGGCGAAUUAAGGUACAAGGAAGCAGUAGAUCCAAAACCAUGGGAUGGAAUAUUAGACACAACGAAGAAUACGAAACUAUGUUUACAAAAAAUGCCGAUAUUUGAUGAUCAAACCCCUGACCCGAGAGAAAAUGAAGAUUGUUUGUAUUUGAAUGUCUUCACUCCACAGUUGCCAGAUGGCGGAGAGGUCACUGCCUUGCCAGUAGCUGUUUAUAUAUAUGGAGGGAUGUUCCAGAGUGGAGAUCCUUCAGAAUAUGAUUUCAGCUUAUUCUUAGAAGAGGAUAUAGUAGUGGUAACCAUGAACUAUCGAGCCGGGGCCUUAGGUUUUCUGACAACCGGAGAUGGCGUCAUUCCUGGUAACUUGGGUCUGAAAGACCAGAACCUGUCCUUGAAGUGGGUGCAAAAGAACAUCCACCUCUUCGGAGGAGAUCCGUCGAAGGUGACCCUCGUAGGUCAUAGUUCCGGAGCGAUCAGUGUAGGCUGUCAUGUGAUCAGUGAAAAAUCCAAAGGGCUUUUCAGAGGCGCCAUAAUGCAAAGCUCGUCCCCACUCAACCACAUAGGACUGCAGAAGGACCCGCGAUAUAGGGCCUACGCGCUUGGUAGGGCGAUGAGUCCGGACUUCACUUCCAAGAAUACCUCAGAAGAUCUGCUGAGGCUGUUGAUGAGCUUGCCGGGUGAUAAGCUGUGCAGGACCGAUCUCGAGAUUCCUCCCAACCUGAACGGCGUUAUGUUGGGAGUGUACCCUCUACUGUGGGGACCUGUCAUUGAGGAUCCAAGUGACCCGAAUGCGUUUCUUAGCGGACCAAUGCACGAUGACGUAGUUAAAGGGAAGAUGAACAAAGUGCCACUUCUAACAGGCAUAACGUACGAAGAGUUCACAGGAAUCGAAAUCAAGAAGGAAUUUCAAGUUGCCGUGGAUAACAACAUCACCAGCUUGGCUAGCCACGAUGCCAACAUCAAAGAAGAGAAUCGCCUAGACUACGCCAACGACUUGAAGAGUUUCUACACAAGCGUCCCUUUUGCGAAGAAUCUGACGGCAUUGUAUAAGGUUAUAGGAGACGGCCUUUAUACCAUCGGCAUUAUUGAGCAUGCUUACCAUCACAGCAAAUAUGCUGACACAUACUUUUACAAGUUUUCAUACAAGGGUCCGAUUAACGGAUUGGACAAAGUAAUCAACAAAGAGAAAGGUCUCAACAAAACUGCUCAUGUAGACGAAUUGCCACUCUUAUACUCCUACCGACUGGAUCUGGAUGUUACUCCCUCAGUAACAGACAAUCUGCUUCAGAAACGUAUCAGGAAGUUAUGGACAAAUUUCGUCAAAUAUCAGAACCCCACUCCAAACAAAGAUCCUCUAUUCGAAAAUGUGAUAUGGCCCAAAGUCAAACCAGAAGAAAUUGAAUUCUUCGAAAUAGACGAACACGUCACAUUGGGAAAGAAUCCUAGAUUUUUCCACCAAUGGAAAGCUCGCUUCGACAGGUAUCUGGAACGUCCACUCAUCACCUAUCACUGAGCAGAGAGUCAGAGUAGUUCAAAGGAAGGUUAUGUGUAAUAAACGUAACUCACAAGACGAGCGAUCCUCAGAAGGACCUGAGGAAAACGCUUCCUAGCAUCAUAAGGUCGACCAUCACACUAGAAUUUGUUAAUUUGCUUAGUAUUGUGUUAUUAAGACCAAAGACAAUAAAUGUUUCGAUGCACUUCGAAUUAUUU